UUUAGGAAGCAGGUGAGCUUCUCCAUCCUUGUCUCCAGUCUAGAUGCAGAGAACCCCAAAGCCCUGCAGGACGGCAAAGCUGCAACAUAGAAGUCACCCAGAUCACCAUAUGAAGGAAAUCUGCCCUCCAACCAAGAACACCUGCCUUGCAAUGUUAGGUGUCUGCCUCCUGCUCUGGUCAACAGCCAGGAGCUCAGGAGCCAGCAGCCAGCCUGGAAGACCUAGAGCUCUCUCUUGGAGGGCUGCUGUGGCUUUCCAUGUUCGUGAUGACUACGUCUCUGAGUUUCUGUGCAGUCUCUGCUUCCUGGGACCAGGGAAGAAUGGUCCCAUAAGUCUCACCCUAAUGGUAGAACUGCACGUCCACCUAGAUGGAGCCAUCAAGCCGGAAACCAUCUUAUACUAUGGCAGGAGGAGAGGGAUCACCCUCCCAGCUAACACAGCAGAGGGGCUGCAGAACGUCAUCGGCAUGGACAAGCCGCUCUCCCUCCCGGGCUUCCUGGCCAAGUUUGAGUAUUACAUGCCAGCUAUCGCGGGCUGCCGGGAGGCUAUCAAAAGGAUCGCCUAUGAGUUUGUAGAGAUGAAGGCCAAAGAGGGCGUGGUGUACGUGGAGGUGCGCUACAGCCCUCACCUGCUGGCCAACUCCAAAGUGGAGCCAAUCCCCUGGAACCAGGCUGAAGGGGACCUCACCCCAGACGAGGUGGUGGCCCUAGUGGGCCAGGGCCUGCAGGAGGGGGAGCGAGACUUCGGGGUCAAGGCCCGGUCCAUCCUGUGCUGCAUGCGCCACCAGCCCAACUGGUCCCCUGAGGUGGUAGAGCUGUGUAAGAAGUACCAGCAGCAGACCGUGGUGGCCAUCGACCUGGCUGGAGAUGAGACAAUCCAAGGAAGCAGCCUCUUCUCUGGACAUGUCCAGGCCUACGAGGAGGCUCUGAAGAGCGGCAUUCACCGUACUGUCCACGCCGGGGAGGUGGGCUCAGCCGUGGUGGUAAAAGAGGCUGUGGACAUACUCAAGACAGAGCGGCUGGGACAUGGCUACCACACCCUGGAAGACCAGGACCUUUAUGACAGGCUGCGGCAGGCAAACAUGCACUUCGAGGUAUGCCCCUGGUCCAGCUACCUCACUGGUGCCUGGAAGCCGGACACGGAGCAUGCAGUUGUUCGUCUCAGAAAUGACCAGGCUAACUACUCACUCAACACAGAUGACCCACUCAUCUUCAAGUCCACCCUGGACACUGAUUACCAGAUGACCAAACGGGACAUGGGCUUUACUGAAGAGGAGUUUAAGAGGCUGAACAUCAAUGCAGCCAACUCCAGUUUCCUCCCAGAAGAUGAGAAGAGGGAGCUUCUCGACCUCCUCUAUAAAGCCUAUGGGAUGACACCUUCAGCCUCUGCAGGUAGGUUCCUGUCUGGGCUUUCUGUGGGACUUCUAGCAAGAUGCUCUUCCUUUCUUGGGCAGCGCCAAGAAGGUGUGAUGACUCCCUGGUUUCUGGGCCCUGGCCGGGAGCAGCAUCUCAUUAGAUUGGCUUGUUUUCCAUAUAACUUCUUGAGAGGCUGUUUGAAGAGGGGACUUUCUGAAGCCCAGUCCCAAAGAUCUGGGGAGACUGGGACAUCUCCAUGGCUGCCCAAAGCUAAGGGCAGGGAGUCGGGCCCAGGCCUGUUCUGCUCCUUUCUACCACUAUGGUCUUGGCAUGGCAUCUCCUUGCCAUCAGUAGGAUGGAGUUCUUUUCUGGUGUCCUAUGAUUUUUACAACAUCCUGGGUACUCCAAGUUGCCUGAUCUUUCUGCUUCUCUGA